UUUUUUGACAUGUAAGGUUAAGUAGUGAAAUUUGAAUGUUUUCAUAACAUAAUUGAUGAUUUUUAAUUUAAAGGGAAAAUGAUCAACCUAAUGAAAUCGUUCCUAUUCCCAAAAAUAAUGGGUAGCUUCCCUAAACCACCUAACAUUAAUGUUCUUUCUGUAUAUGGCCAAGGGGUGCUUCACCGAUUACAACAUACAAAGCCCAUCAAAUGUUGGAAAUGCGGAAUAGAAAGGCAAAACUUACACGAAUUAUUUUGCCAGCAAUGUAAAAUCAUACAGAGUCCAGAUGACGAACAUAAUUACUUCAAGUUACUGCAGCACAAUGAAGAUUUUGAUAUCGACUUGGACAUAUUGAGAGACAAAUAUAGGCAUAUGCAAAGUCUUCUACAUCCAGACAAAUUCAGCAAUAGAAGUGUCGAAGAGAAAAACAUUUCCGCAGAUUUUUCCUCGUUGGUCAACAAUGCUUAUAACGUUUUACAAUCACCUCUGAAGAGAGCCGUUCAUUUGCUGUGUUUGAAAGGGGAAAAAAUCAGCGAAGAUGAGAGAAUAGACGAUCCUGAAUUCCUGAUGGAAAUAAUGGAAUUAAACGAAGAGGUCGAGAAUGCGUCUGAUGCAGAAAAAUUGAAAGAGCUCAAUAGUUCCAAUAAAAAAACUACUGAGAAAUUAGAGUUAGAGAUUAGUAAAUAUUUCAAAGAGAAAAAUUUGAGUAAAGUUAAGCAUUGUAUCAUAAAGUUGAGAUAUUAUAAUAGUAUAUCUGCCCACAUAAACAAUUUAAUGCGCGAAAGGGGUAUUGUAGAGUGAUUCUACAUUAAAAACUUGUUUUUGA